AUGGAUAGUGUUGGGCGCAGACGAAGAGGAGAGUGGGGAUGGAUGGAGAUGAACGAAACACCGGUUUGGGAGGUAGGGAGUGAGAAUGUGCCUGCAGUGGUUAAUUGUCUGGAGGAAAUUCCGAACCAGCAGGAAAUUACAGUGUUCCGUUAUCGGCCGUCCGUCCAAUCCAGACGUGUAGCUGUCAGGAUCUGUUCCUGUUCUGUCGGGGAAAUUAAAUUUGGGGGGGGGGGGGGCGGGGGUUCUGGUACUAAAUGUACUCUGACUACCAACUUUUUCUGUAUUUCUCUCUUUCUGUGUUUUUCAGCUGUCCUUCAAGUGUCUAUAUCCCUGAACAAAGUAGACUUGAGUGUGGGCGAGUCCAAGUUCUUCAUAUGUACAGUGAUUGGAGAGCCUGUGAGUCUGGAGUGGUAUAACCCGCAGGGUGAGCGCAUAGUGGCAUCCCAGCGAGUGGCACUGCACACAGAGAGCGUCCGUUCCAGACUCACCAUCUACAAUGCCAACGUAGAAGAUGCUGGCAUCUACCGUUGCCAGGCCACCGACGCACAGGGACAUACACAGGAGGCCACUGUUGUGCUGGAAAUUUACCAGAAGCUGACCUUCAGAGAAGUGAAGUCCCCUCAGGAAUUCCGUCAGGGAGAGGUGGCGGAGGUGGUGUGUAACGUGACCAGUUCUCCUGUCCCCAUUAUAGCCUGGUUCUACAACAAUGUGGAGAUUACUCAAGACACCCAGAAGUUCCAGAUCUUGCCUAACAACAAUCUGCAGAUUCAGAAGGUGACAAAGGCAGAUGAGGGGGUGUACAGGUGUGAGGCUCGAGUGGAAGCCCGGGGAGAAAUCGACUUCAGGGACAUCAUAAUGGUAGUGAAUGUUCCUCCAGUCCUGUCAGUACCACAGCAGUCCUUCAAUGCCACGGCUGAUUAUCAGGAAUCUGUGACGUUCACCUGCAGAGCGUAUGGUUCUCCUGAGCCUGAGGUUACCUGGUACAGGAAAGGAAUGCAGCUCCAGGAGUCAGAGCAGUAUGUGAUGAGAGCCAAGGGCACAACACUGACUGUGCGUAACAUCCGUCAGGACGACGGGGGCCCCUACACCUGUAAGGCAACAAACAAGGCUGGAGAAGCAGAGCAAGAACUCUUCCUCAAAGUGUUCGUCCAGCCUCAUAUCAUUAAGCUGAGGAAUGUGACUGCAGUGGAGGGCAGUGCUGCUAUGAUCUCCUGUAAAGCGGAGGGGGAGCCACUACCUGAGAUCUCCUGGAGAAGAGACAGUGAUGGACAGACGUUUUCAGACGGGGAUACGAGUCCAGACGGCCGUGUGGAAGUGAGAGGGCGCCACGGGGAGUCCAUGCUAACCAUCAUCGGGGUGGGCCUGUCUGAUUUGGGCCGUUUUGACUGUGAAGCUCUCAGUAGGAUCGGAGGUCAUAAGAAGAGCAUGUUCCUGGAUAUUGAGUAUGCGCCCAAGUUUCAGAACAAUCACACCAUAUUUUACUCAUGGGAGGGGAACCCAGUGAACAUAAGCUGCGAUGUGAUGUCUAAUCCGCCAGCCACCAUGCUAUGGAGGCGUGACAAAUUGACUAUUUCCACCGAAGGCACUGGAAACAUGCGUGUGCAUAGCACCACAGGGAGAGCUCUGCUGGAGGUAACCCCAACGUCAGAUAGGGACUUUGGCCGAUAUAACUGCACGGCCAGGAACAACAUUGGCAUGCGUUCUCAGGAGUUCAUUCUAGCCCAGGCAGAUGUUCCCUCAAACCCGUAUUCGGUGCGUCUCAGCUCCGUUGCCCAGCGAGUUGCCACAGUAACCUUCAUGAAGCCAGAUUCCCAUGGUGGUGUCCCUAUAGGGCACUAUCUUGUCAGAUACAAGGAUGUGAGCUCACAAGACUGGAGGAAUGUCAAGUCACAAGGGACACAGACCAUGGUGCUGCUCACCAAUCUUGAGCCAAACACCACGUAUGAGGUACAGGUGGCGGCGGUGAAUGGGAAAGGCCAAGGAGAGUUCAGUCGCACGGAAAGCUUUCAGACCUUACCUAUACGAGAGCCAAGCCCACCCUCUGUGCAUGGUCAGAGAGGGGUAGGGAAGGCCUACAGACUGGGACUGGUCAAACAAGACGAUGGGGGUAUGCCCAUACUGGAGUACAUUGUUAAAUACAAAACCGAUAAGGAGGAACAGUGGAUGACUAAGCUGGUUCCUGGAGUGAAUGACUUUGUGCUGCUGCAGCCGUUGCAGUGGAACACUCAGUACGAGGUGGAGAUCACAGCACGCAACGUCAAGGGUCUGUCUGAGCCCACCUUCGUCAAGUUCUCCAUGCCACAGAAACCUGACAUCACAGCAGACUCCCUGUUCAGUGGCCUGGGUCUGGGCGCGGUGGUGGGACUGGGGCUGGCCGGCCUACUGCUGCUGCUGGCCAUAGUGGACGUCAGCUGCUUCUUCCUCCGUCAGUGCGGCCUGCUCAUGUGCAUCACCCGCAAGCUGUGUGGGAAAAAGACAGCCACGAGCGGAAAGAGCAAGGAGACUGAGGAGGGAAAAGCCGCUUACCUGAAACUGCCACUGAAAGAGGAAAACGGAAAAGAGACACUAAGGCCAGACACGAUCGAGAUCAAAGUUCACGGUGACAACAGUCUUCACACGACGCAUGAUGACAGCAAAGCAUAA